CAGAGUUUAAGUUAAAAGCUUGUGUGGUUGCUGCUAUGACCACGGCUGUUGCGGCUGGUGCCACAGUUGCUGGAACUGUGUAUGCUUAUAAGUCGAUUAGAAGUGACAUCGAGCUCAACGGAGGUAUUAGCCAUGAUAUCAGCAAUAUCCCUGCGCAAUUAAAUGCUCAACCAGGGAUGAAUGUUGAUUACAUACACACUGGCCUACAGGCAAGGGACAUUAGUAACAACAGUUACAGCACAAUGGUGGAGGUAAACUAUACCAGUCCAGGUGGCUUGACUUUCAGUUCAUACGUCGAUUUAGGUCUCGCUAUCACCUCCGGAAUUGUCGAACUAGGAACACAUUUCGACCAGUCUACUGCUACUUUAGCUAAAAGGUCUUAUAUGGAUAAAGGGAUCAAACAUUUUUCUGACGGUUGGGGAAUUAAGCUAUCUUACUGUCAUACACAAGCGGCCGACUUUUUGACUAUGAUAUAUGACUGGGAUGGCUUGUAUAACUCUAUGGAGACAUACUAUGAUUACUACAUACGUGGUAGUGUUUUGACUUGGUAUUUUGCGGGUAUUAAUAACAAUUGGCUCGAAAGCGGAGGUAGACACCGGUUGUUUAUGGAGUCGAUGAUGGUCUUUGAAACCGGAGGGUUUGGGGAUAGGUACGAUAACUGUGGUAAAUAUUACUUCGCUGACAUCGCGGUAUAAGCCAUAGUUGUUCUCAGUACAAUAAACUGAUGUGCUGCUUCGUGGAUUACAAAACAGGAGAGGAUGUCUCCC